UUGUCCGUUGACGAAUUAGGUGCGAGUAGGAGAAGAACAGCGUUUUCUGUGCUCUUCCUGAUCCGACUCACUAUGGAUUGUAUUUCAAGGCGGAAAUGUUUCUCAAAACUGGACUUUUGGUCCAGACAGUAGAUGAUAAGUAAUGGAAGACCAACGCUGGAGCUAAAAGGUUAGCUUCAAACUACGGGACAGAAGAGUCGUUCUUUUUAAAUGGAGCGGUACAAACGAAAAGACUGGCUGUGUCAUUACUGCUUUCCUUGUCUUUUAAUUCUCAUCGUGUGAUAACGUCCGGACUACAUCAGGAUACUGUAAUGUAAUGUAAAACAAUGUAUUUAGAAUACCUGCCACAAUUAUGGGUUAAAUCAUUCAACCCAUAAUUGUGGCAGGUAUUAUAAUUACAUUGUUUUAAACUAACAGCUACACCUUGUUUAAUAAGUUGGAAUAAUCAUUCCCAUAUUAAAAUGUUUUUAUUUUUAAUUUGUUUUUAAGAAAUUGUAACCACCCUUCCCAAAAUUGGCUACAUCAUUAUAUAAUGUUUUUUAUAUGAUAUCUGAUGUGUUCUCUAUUGUGGGGUAAUACUGCAUUAUCGAUUCCCUGUAGUCUACGGGGGAGUAUCCCUGCCGUGGGGGAGUGACCAACCCGGGAUUUCCAAAAUAAAAAACGCAGUAACGUCACAGAGGAAGAGAGGGAUGGAGAGUGAGAGAAAGGAGAGAGGAGACAGAGCACCGCAGUGGAUUGGCUGGAAGAUCCCUCUUGCGUGUCAACAGUGUGGGAGCAGGAGGAGGCUGGAGUAAAGCGAGCUCCCUGCAUCACUUUGUCAAAACCUGCGGUCAGUCUUUGCGCCUGUGUGCAGAGUCUCCUCAUCCUCACUUCUUCAGAGCAGUGGUACAGCAGCAGCAUCAGCAACAUGAACCGCUCCUCCUGGAGUCCCUGUAGAAGGCAGGAGCAGUCGCACAGCACGGAUGCUGCUCAGCACGGUGCGGGCUCCAGGAGCGGCGACAGCGUCGCAGGCUCCCCGCUCCACAGAGCAGCCCGCAGCAGGCGGCACCUGGAGGGGGUCCUGAAGAAAUACACCAACCUGCUGCACGGCUGGCAGAGCAGAUAUUUUGUUCUGGACCCAGAGGUCGGUCAGCUCCAGUAUUAUCUUAAUGAACUUAGUAGAAGCCAGCGGCCUCCCCGAGGGUCUCUGCCUCUCCUUGGAGCAAAGGUCGUCUCUCGCAACAUGUUUACUAUACAGUCCUCUACUGGGGAUUUCUACAAACUUAGAGCAUUGGAUGCCCAGGAGCAGGAGCUAUGGAUGACUCACCUUCAGCUUUGUUCCAGACGCCACUCAGACAGCAGCACCAAGGUGACAAUUCAAGAUGGUGGGCCGCAGAAGAACGUAGCAAACACUGUUGAGUCACUGCCGCCCCGAGGUGGAACCCUCUCCGCUCUGGAUGAUGUAACUCAUAAGGACCUUCUCCUCUUAAAGGCCACAUCUGCUGCCACUCUGAGCUGCUUGGGGGAGUGCCUCAGUCUGCUGCAGCACAAUGUUGUCCAGGCCCUCAAUCACAACCAGAACCAAAACCAGAACCAGAACCACAUCCCUCUUCCCAGUUUUAGCCACAGCUCACCUGGUGGAUUCAAGUCAUCUACAGAAAGAGUAAAUGUAAACCAGCUGGGGGCCGGAGGUCUUGAUUCCAGAAGUCGGAGCCCAACUCACAGCCUUAGUGGGGGACGAACGCCUGUUCACAGCAACAGCUCUGGAAGACAAAGCCUUACACCUUCAGACAGUUCCCCUGGACGCUCCAGAUCUCCAUCUGAGUGGCUGGUGAGAAAUGGACCACAGACACUUCUCUUUUCUCGGCCAUCUUCAACACAGAUAAACAGGGAUCCAGAACUCCUUACACAGCAGGGGCAGCAGUAUGACCAGACCAGCAGUUCAGACUUCCCAGAUCCUAAUGAUGAGACCACAGACACAGAGGACAAUGAGGAGGAGGACUUGGGAGUUCUGGACGAUCAGCGUAGCAUCAUCAUACACUUACUGUCCCAGCUGAAGCUCGGUAUGGAUCUGACACAGGUGGUGCUCCCUACCUUCAUUCUGGAGAAACGCUCCUUACUUGAGAUGUAUGCUAACUUUAUGGCUCACCCUGACAUGUUCCUUUCCAUCACAUCUGGCUCCACGCCUGAGGAGCGUUUCCUUCAUUUUGUGGAGUACUACCUGACUGCCUUCCACGAAGGUCGAAAGGGUGCUGUAGCUAAAAAGCCCUAUAACCCCAUCCUGGGUGAGAUCUUCCACUGUUCUUGGCAUGUUCCACGGGACCGUGUUCGAUCUCUUAGGACCACCAACGGACCCGGUCCUAACUCAGCACCUACGGGCACCUCCAACGUCCUCAGAUCCUCCCACAAGGGUAAAGAUGGAAGCAGAACACCUUCAGACUCUUACUGCGUUCGCUUUGUGGCUGAGCAGGUAUCCCAUCAUCCACCUGUGUCUGGCUUCUACUGCGAGUGCAAAGAGAAGAAGAUGUGUGUCAACACUCAUAUCUGGACUAAGAGCAAGUUCAUGGGCAUGUCUGUUGGAGUCUCGAUGGUUGGAGAAGGUGUAUUGCACUUGUUGGAGCACGAUGAAGAGUAUGUGUUCACGUUACCAUGUGCUUAUGCCCGCUCCAUCCUCACUGUGCCAUGGGUGGAACUUGGGGGAAAGGUCACCAUCAACUGUGCCAAGAGUGGCUACUCUGCCACCGUUACUUUCCACACUAAACCCUUCUAUGGAGGAAAAGUACACAGAGUAACAGCAGAGGUGAAGAACAAUGUGACCGGAAACAUUGUGUGUAAAGCCCAGGGGGAGUGGAAUGGGGUUUUGGAGUUUACUUACAGCAACGGAGAAAGCAAGGUGAUUGACACUUCAAAGCUGCCAGUCAUCAAGAAGAAGAUCCGACCUCUGCAGAAACAGGGCCAGUAUGAGUCACAGAAUCUUUGGCAGCAUGUGACCGCAUCACUGAAGGCAGGAAAUAUGGACUCUGCCACGGAACACAAACACUGGCUGGAGGAGAGGCAACGCAGUGAAGGCAAACAAAGAGCUUCCACCAAAACACCUUGGAAACCCAAGUAUUUUCUUAAAGAGGGUGAAGGCUGGGUGUACCAUAAACCUCUGUGGAAAGCUCACUGACCAAGAAUCGUCAAAGCUAUGGUGCACCUUCAAACGGCCACUGGAGGGAGACAACCUCUGACAACCUGA